AUGGCCCAACACGGGACCAACCCAUUUUUUAAUGGGCCGGGGACCGGUCCAGCUUUAACCAGUGCCAGACCCUUAGCAGGCUGGGCUUAUCGAGUCAAAAUCGAGUCAACUCGGCCCAAAUUAGGUCUAGUUGUUUUUUCUCCCGGAGAAAACAAUGUUUUUGCUUGGCCAUCUGUAACCCAAGCUAAAGAAAUAGUAAGAAAGUAUUUAGCUGCUAUCCAGAAAUCAAAUCCAGUUAAGUUGGUUCGACAUGACAACUUCCUUCAAUCAAUAGUGGAUAAUCAGGCAAAAUAUAUUACUAAAAUAGAGAAAAUAGCUGAGGAGAAGGAAAUGGAGAGCCUCUUCAACCAACUUGUUGGGGCAAGAAUAAGAUUCGAUGAACUUGAUGUGAGAGAGCUUAAGGGUUUGUUAAAGUUAUUUGGUGUUAGGAGGGCCAAACUUGAAGAAAGGAAGAAACAACUGAAUGAAAAUGUUGGAAACGAAAUUGAUCCAAAUGACAACAAUGAUGGAUAA